CAUGAAGCUGACGGACAAUGUGCUGCGGAGCUUCAGGGUUGCUAAGGUGUUCCGAGAGAACUCAGACAAAAUUAACUGCUUCGACUUCAGCUCGAACGGGGAGACAAUUAUUUCCAGCAGCGAUGACGAUUCCUUGGUCUUGUACGACUGCCAAGAGGGAAAACCCAAGAGGACUCUCUACAGUAAGAAGUAUGGAGUGGAUCUAAUAAGGUACACGCACGCGGCAAACACCGUGGUCUACAGCUCCAACAAAAUCGAUGAUACUAUCCGAUACCUGUCCCUUCAUGACAACAAGUACAUCCGCUACUUUCCUGGGCAUAGCAAAAGAGUGACGUCUCUCUCCAUGUCUCCGGUAGACGACACAUUUAUUUCUGGGUCAUUAGAUAAAACUAUUCGACUGUGGGAUCUGCGGUCACCCAACUGCCAAGGUCUGAUGCACCUGCAGGGGAAGCCAGUUUGCUCCUUUGAUCCAGAGGGUCUCAUUUUUUCUGCUGGAAUAAAUUCAGAGAUGGUUAAACUUUAUGACCUGCGCUCAUUUGACAAGGGUCCCUUCGCAACCUUCAAGAUCCAGUACGAUCGGACGUGUGAGUGGACUGGUCUCAAGUUUAGCAACGACGGAAAACUAAUUCUCCUUUCAACGAAUGGCGGUGCUCUUCGCAUCUUAGAUGCCUUCAAGGGCGUUGUUCUACAUUCCUUUGGGGGCUAUAACAACAGUAAAGGUGUCACACUGGAGGCAUCGUUCACUCCCGACUCUCAGUUUGUUAUGAUUGGCUCUGAGGACGGUAAGAUCCACGUGUGGAAUGCAGAGAGCGGUAUGAAGGUGGCUUUAUUAGACGGGAAGCACACGGGGCCAAUCACGUGUCUGCAGUUCAACCCCAAGUUCAUGACGUUUGCGAGUGCCUGCUCCAACAUGGCAUUCUGGCUGCCGACCAUUGAUGACUGAGAAAGUGAAGGCAAGGCUUCUGUCAAAGUGACCAGCAGGGGUCAGCAUUACCAGCUAUUUGAAUAUCACAGGGACUUGUGGCAAAACAAAUUUAAAUUGUAAAUAAGUGUUUUUUUCAGAAAUAGAUUUGUUCUCUAUUGUCGUUUUUUAUAUUUCUAUUUAACAUUAAAUUGUUUCUUUGUA